GUCCUUAGCCUUAAACGGCAAAGGGAAUCCACAGAGCGGUGAUAGGAAAGAAAUUCAACAGCUUCUGAUAGAUAAGACUUCCUGGCUUUGGAUGUGGUGUUCAUUUUGUUUUAUGCACAAUAGGUGGUUCUCCUGAUUCACAGCCCUGCUAACUGGUGUGCUCUCUUCUCGGGCUGUACAUGCCAUGGCUGGGGACGUCGUCUAUGCUGACUUAGACAUCCCGGGAGCCCGCUUACCUCGUUCAUCUCAACCCCACAAUUUCCAUCAGUGUCCACACUGGCAUCAACUUGUCUUGAAGAUCGGAGCUGCUGGGUAUGUUGUCCUGCUGAUGACAGUCAUAGUGCUGAGUGUUUGGGUUUUUCAGGGCUCCUCGGGGCGUGGACUGGCCCCCGAAGGCGAUGUGGUCUCCGAGAGACCCAGAAACGAAAGUAAAUGUGUCGCCGGCCUGGAGAAAUUGUCUCACCUGAAACAGCACCUGUGUGACCCACCCCAAAGCAGCUCAACAGAAGGCUCCAGCUGCGUACUUUGCCCCCAAGACUGGCUGCCGUACAAGGGAAAAUGUUACUGGGUGUCUAAAGAAACUAGAAUGUGGAACAGCAGCCGUGAUGACUGCUUAACGAAGAGCUCUCGUUUACUGGUGACCCAGGACCAGGAGGAGAUGGAUUACAUACAGAUGAUCACAACCGAGAAAAAUUCUCUUUGGAUUGGAUUAAACUUUAAAUCUCCCGAGAGGAUGUGGAUGUGGGUAGAUGGCUCCCCCUUCAAUAGAGACCUCACAGGGAAACCCAGUGGAAGGGACUGCGGGGUGUUAAAAAGAAACCAGAUUGCGUUGGAAACCUGCAGUGCUGAAUUAAAAUGGAUCUGCCAGAAAGAUGCGCUCCUGAUCUAAGCAAGGCCGUUGCAGAACUGACAGAGGAGAGGCCUUCUGUCUGGGUCUGCCCCAAGAAGAUUAUUGUAAGGGCUUUGUAACUUCCGUUGUUCCACUGUUUGAUGCAUCUGGGGCAGGAUCCCAGCUGAUGUAAAUCAGCGCGGCCUCAUUGGCAGAGCUGUGGGCCAGUU